AUGUGGUGCACCUGCAAAAUACUGUGGAUACUUGCGGCUCUCUUUCAUGCAUCCAACGCACAUCCAAUAAUAGAAGAAGAUGAAAAUGUGAACUUCGCUAAUUUCUCUAAGCUCAUUGAGAAAAUUCGCUUGGAGCGUGGAAUCGAAACGGUGGUAGUAUUUGAGGCCUUUCACGGUCAGCAAUCCUGUUUGGGUGAUGACACACUGCGCUCACUUCAGCGGACAAAUAUUACCGUUAUACUGCUGAGUACCACAACCAGUUGCCAGCUGCAAGGUGCCGAUAUCAACAGCGAAUUGCUGGUUGCGCGUUGCGUCACUGAGCCGAUCCAACCACAUCUGUUGGAUAUGAUGGUCAGAUGUCUCGGAGUAAUGCGCGAUGUGCGCGUUCUCUUCGUAUGGAACGCCAAUUACGUACAAGCCUCGCCGGGAAGGCGCAACGAGCUGAGGCAGCAAACGCGGAAACUUUUCGUGUAUUGCGCAAGCACGAAGAUGCUAAAUGUUAUAAGCGUGUACAAUGAUUUCGAAUCCGAUGGCCACUACUACACCUACAGCUACUUUCCGAGUUUUCAUUUAGAACGCAAAAAGCUAGAGGACUCCUGCUUUCCCAAUCGUUUAAAGAAUAUGCAAGGCGCCGCAUUACGCACGCUUCCCGACCAAAAUGAGCCGAGGUCAAUUGUGUGGCGCGAUCGUUGGGGUCAUCUUCAAAUAGGUGGCUAUAUGGCUAAAGUAAUUGAGACCUUUGCUUGUCACCAUAAUGCAACAAUCAGUUACCCCAAAUUGCUCGUGCCGGACGUCACCUAUGAGUACGAUGUGGUAUUCAGUAUGUUGCAAAACGAAACGAUCGAUUUUUUGAUGGGGUUGAUCGCAAUUGGUUGGAGGUUGAAUGCGUCUCAACUAUCAACGCCGGUUAUUUCUAUGUUUUGGGCAGCGAUGUUACCGCUUCCACCGACACGCCCAAUAAGGGACAUCUAUGUGUUCAUAUUUAAAUCGGUUAUCGGCAUUAUUCUAUUGCUUUUGUUGCUGAGUUUCUCUUGUCUGCUUACUUGCGAGAGCAUACGUUGGCGCCACCAUCGUCGUACAUGCAGAAACACGUUUGGACUCUUUCUCUUCACUCUUACAAAUACCACAUUGCGCAGCAUGCUAGGUCAACCCACACACAUACACAUGCCACCCGCAUUCACGAAGCGCUUCAUCUGUAUUUUACUAUUUCUGGCCGGUAUUUAUGUAAGCACCACCAGCACCAGCUAUUUGCAAACAUAUCUCACAAGCAGCCCCAAACUUCCGCGGGUCAACACAUUUGACGAGUUGUUUGAUGUGCCGAUACGCAUUAAAAUUUCCUUAACCGAAUACAAUGCCCUGAUAGAUUUUGUUGGUCUCCGAUUUUUACAGAAGUACGAGAGUGUAUUCCUGAUCACAACAUCCACAAAUGAUUACUAUUAUCAGCGUAAAACUCUGAACACCAAUUUUGGAUAUUCCGUUCCCCAAUCGUUGUGGAAGACGUUCGUGGAGUUUCAAAGAAAAUAUAAUGUAAACUUGUUUUACAUUAGCGAUAAUAUGGUUUUGGCUAAAAACAUACCAAUGGGCAUACCCAUGAGCCCACAUUCCAUAUAUCGAGGAAAACUAAAUGUGCUGAUCGAAAAUUUAAAAAGUGCCGGCCUCGUGCAGUAUUGGGAAAACCUGGCUUAUGGUGAUAUGGUGGCAGCGGGAAAGCUCAAUGUAACGAUUUCGAUGCCUUCUAAUCUGGAGCAUAGUUUAACCUUGGGGGAUCUAUAUUGGAUAUGGUGGUUGUAUGGUGUAGGAAUGAGUUUGGCGUUUGGGAUUUUUCUCGUGGAGCAGGGCGUUGGAAAAAAACGAUAUCGUUUGUCUUUAUCGAAAGUUCACAAUAGGUUCCCAUCACAAUAA